GCCUGAGGAGCCGCUUGCGGCGCGGGGACGCAUCCUGAUGAAGAAGGCUAAUGACAGGCAGUCCCCGCCCAAGUUGCUCGAAAAGAAGCGGGCAAAGGCACCUGAACAGCCCACCCCCCCCAUCCAGGAAGAGCCUGAGCCUGUCAGCAAUGUCUUACAAGGAGAUGACAUUCUUGCCUUGGCCAUCAAAAAGGAAGACUUGACAAAGCAACACAUUCCUCAGUUUGAAGAAACAGGAGAAAAGCCUGUGGUUACACAGAAGUUUAUCAUCCGUAAGCUCAAACCGAAAGAUUCUUGCAAAAGGGUCUACCACUUGGUAGCACAUCCUGCUAAUCCAGAUGCCGCCACAAAGCCUCUGGACUACUCUGGUCCUCGGGACACCUUCUUAAGUAGUGACCAGAUCCUCCCUCACCAGAUCCUGGGGAGUCUUCGGGACUUUAAAAGAAUCGCAGUUGCUCGGGGAAACACCCAGCUGGCUAAACUGAUCAAUAUCCAGCCCUGCCUGAUGACCCUCAUCUCAGCUAAAGAAGAGCCGAAGCCGAAGUCCCCAAAGGAGGAGAAGAGGCCUCCAUGGGCCCCACCUCUUCAGCACAACUUCCUCAAGAACUGGAGACGGCACAUCACCUUGCGGAAGAAGCAACAGGAAGUUCUCAGCGAGCACCUGAAGAAGCCAGCAAGUGAGCUGUUGAUGAACAGUGCGGAGGGCUACAGAAAGAUCCAGGAAGAGCGAGAGGCCAUUGACCGUGCACUUCCUACCCAGCAUGACAGAAAAGCGAUUAAUUGUUUCUGGUGCCCGCUGGAAUACCUGGGUGACGAGAAGUCAGGUCUUCUCAUGUCCAAGAAGAAAAAGCAGCGUGGUCUGGUGGAACCCAUCACACACAUCAGGAAGCCCUUCUCUAUCCAAAUGGAGACUGGAUUACCAGUGCAGAAGGAUGCUUGGUACCGCUACACCUGGGACCGGAGUCUGUUUCUCAUCUACCGACGCAAGGAGCUACAGAAUAUCAUGGCAGAGCUGGAUUUCAGCCAGCAGGAUAUCGAUGGCCUGGAGGUGGUGGGCCAUGGGAAACCCUUCUCAUCUGUCACAGUGGAAGAACCUUUGCCACUUGAAAAGAGCCAGAAGAGCUCCUCGGAAGACACGGUAUUUCUAGACUCAUUGACCAGCCUCUCCGACAUGGUCCCUAUGCCUAUUCUCGGCCCUUCGCUGCUGUUCUGUGGGAAGCCAGCUUGCUGGAUCAGAGGCAGUAACCCAGAGGACAAGAAAAACAUUGGAAUUGGUGUCCGCCUGACAUUUGAAACCCUUGAGGGGGAGAAAACAUCUUCAGAACUGACUGUGGUCAAUAACGGCACUGUGGCCAUUUGGUAUGACUGGAGAAGGCGGCCCCAGCAGGAUUUUUUCCAAGACUUAAAGCAACACAGGACACAGAGAUUUUACUUUAACAACCGGGAAGGUGUGAUUCUGCCCGGGGAAACCAAACACUUUACCUUCUUCUUCAAGUCUCUGAAUGCUGGCAUCUUCAUGGAAUCAUGGGAGUUUGGGACCCAUCCUACGCUCCUGGGAGGUGCGGCCCUUCAGGUCACCCUCCAUGCCAUCUCACUGACCCAGGACAUUUUUAUGGAUGAGAGGAAGUUGUUGGAGAGUAAGCUGGCUGCUCAUGAGGCUGUCACCAUUGCUCAGAGCGUGCUGCAGGACAUACUGAGGGGCGUGUCUACUCCAGAGCGUGCACCAUCCCCAGUGGAUGCCUAUCUCACCGAGGAGGACUUGUUCCACUACAGGAAUCCUAGGUUGCAUUACCAGCAUCGAGUGGUGCAAAACUUGCACCAGCUGUGGCAACAGUACACGGAGGCCAAGGCAUCCCAGGAGGAAGCCCUCAACCUCAAAACUCCGACAGUGCCGUUACUGUUGGUUGAGAAGCCCCCAGAUCACAGCAGGACCCCGGCCUCAGAGUACCCACAACUGCAACCUCAUCAGGAGAUGGACACCCUCAAGGAUCCUAAAAAUCCCCUCCUGCCUCAGAAGACUGGCAUCAGCACCAAGAGUAUGCAACGGAAGAGCAUCAUGGAGGAGAUUCUGGUGGAGGAGGGUCCGGACAGGGAGAACACCAGGAGCCCCAGGGUUCUGGAAAACCUUCCCCCGCCUAAAUGGAACCUGUGCCUAGAGGACUUCAGACAGGCAGUGAUGACCUUCCCUGAGGAGCUCCAGAGAGAGGAUGCUCUCAUCCAGCUCAACAAGGCAGCGAUGGAGCUGUGCCAGGAGCAGAAGCCACUGCAGUCCGACCUCCUGUACCAGAUGUGUUUGCAGCUGUGGCGAGAUGUGAUUGACAGCCUCGUUAGCCAGUCCCUGUGGCUAAGAAGUCUUCUAGGCCUGCCUGAGAAGGAGACGGUUUAUUUGGAUAUUCCAGACGAAGGUCAAAAAUCCCCUCCAGUCACAGAGGUGAAGGUGACAUCCGGGAAACUUGGAAAGGAGGAUCGGAGAGGGGGUGCCCAGGAGAAGAAACAACUGAGUGCCAGAGACAAAGAGGAAAAAAAGGGUUCCAAGACACCAUUGAAAGAGGACCGCCUGAAUAGCAAAAAACAGAAGGUAAAAGAUGACAAGAAAGUGGUGAAGUCCACAAGCCGGGACAGGCUGCUCUCGGAAGACCCUCCCGCUGACAGCUCGGCAACCUCCCAGGAGCCCAUCGACCCCCUCGUCAUGGAGAAAUAUACCCAGCGGCUGUACUCUGAGGUCUAUGGGCUGCUGGACAACCUGGUGAUAGACAUGAUGGACCUAGCAGAUGAGCUCGGCUCCGAAAAGAAUGUUGAAGAGCCUUUACGUUUUUGUACCUGAUUCUUGGGCCCAAGCUUCCUCCUGGAAAGGUGGUUUGAAAAAAAGUCAAUAAAGAAUCUUUAGGUGUCAACCAUU